AUGAAUGUUUUCUAGUCUAAUCAAUUAUCACCUUUUAUGAAUUAAAAGGUAGUUAAAAAGCCUACAGUUCUUAUGUAGCCAAAUCAAUUGAAGAAAAGUCAUGUAGAUGCAAAACCAAUUAGAUUCUUAUAAUGGGACGAUAAUGCAAAGUAAAUUAAGUUAUGUUUGGACCUUAAGAAAUAUGUAUUUUAUACUAAUUUUAAAUUAGAAUUCGCUAUUUAGAACUGGACCUGCUUCUUUCAUUGUUUAUAUAGCUGCACGAUCUGAAAUAAAUCAACUGUCUAAAUUGAAUUUAGAUAAAAGUUUACCUCUUAUAGAUACUACAUUGUAAAAAGGUAUUUACAUUUGGAAUCAUGUUAUAUAUAAUGAACAUAAGAAUAUAUAAUUAUAUUAGCUUUUAUGCAUUUUAGGUGAACAGUUUAAAGAAAAAUAGUUGAGAAGAUAAAGUUUAAAUUUGGUUGAAAAUAGUAGUAUAUUUAUUCAUGCAGAUACAAUAUUAAUGACAAUUGCAUCUAUUUUGGCAAGUGAAAUAGUAUUUCUAAUAAAUAAUAAUGAUGAUGAGAUUUUAGAAAAUUUUCAUUAAAUAACAAAACAUGAUUCAAAUCCUAAUUAUAAAUUACAAGUUAUCAAUUUAGUUGAUGGUUUAGCAUAGAGUAUAGAUCAAUAUAAAUGGUAUCAAAUCUAUGAUAAUAUUAAAAUUACAAUUAUGGAAGAAAUACAUUAUCUGAAUGCUUCAAGUUCAUCCUUUAUUGAUAAUCCAGCUGAUACUUUAAAUAAUUGGGCUUUGGAACUUGAAAUGUCAUUAUAGAAAAAGAUUUAUAGAAGUUAUGAAAUUGAUUUUUUAACUUUUUUUUCAAUUGCUGAAAUUAUUACUAAAAGUUCUAUGUCAGAAUUAGAAAAAGAUAAUGUAAUAGAAAAUAUGUAUUAAAUUUUUUAUUCUUUGGUAGUUUUUUUAAAGCCAUUCAAAAAUAAAUUAAAUAUGAAAAAGAUUAUAUAGAAAGCAUAUAUUAAAAAGAAAUUAGAGAAUUUUGUUCUAUCUCAGAAGAAGUUACAGUUGAUUCUUUGACUUAUAAAUUAAAUUAAAUGAGAGAUCAAGCCAUGUCAUUAUAUUAUAUUUAAUUGGGUUAAUUCUAUGAUAAUCCUGAGUAUGAAAAGUGUUUACAAAUUAUUUAAUAGAAAAUUGAUUAAUUUGAAAUAGAGUGUAUUAGGUAUAAUUUUGAAUUGAUGGAUAUGUAUUUUUAUUUAAAUUAUUUAGAUUACUUUAGUGAAUUAAACUAAUAAUUUGAUAAAAUUGAAAAAAAAUUAAAAGAUGGCUUUCCUGAUUCUUAUACAUAAUUUCUGACUGACAUACUUAAAUUUAGAGAAUUUAGAGGAUUAAAAUAUAAAAAUAUCAAAUAACAUUUAUAAAGUAGUUACAAAUCUAAAUUAUAUUCUUAUAUUACAGAAUAUGAUAAAUAAUCAAAAAUACUUUAUGAAUAACGUAUGCAAACUUAAAAUGAAAAACAAUAUUAAUUUCUAAAGAAAAGAGAUAAAGAAGUCAUGAGAGGACUUGAAAUCCUUUAAAAUUAUACAGAUUUAAUGAGGGAUGAAAUUGGAACCCUCAAAAAUCUUAUUGAUGUAUCAAAUAAUUUCUAUGAAUAAAUUAGUUCAAUAAUCAAAUAAAUAUUGUUGUAAAAUAUAAAUAAGAAAUCAGAAAAUUGGAUGAUGAAAUACAAUAAUUAUAAUUAUAAGCGAAUAAAAUUUAGAUUAAAAAAAGUAAUCGUGAAUUUUGA